AUGGGUACAACGACAAGUAGAGAAGGCCCUACUCGUCAUAAAUAUCGACAGAAAUUAGCCUCAUUGAAAUCACAAAAGAGCAGAGAGGUGAUAUCCACUAGUGCUGAUAACAAAUUGUCUGUAAAAACGAUAGAGUCAAACACUGCAUCCAAACCAAAUACACCUCUAAUCGUACAUCAACCUACGCCUGUGAACCUUGUCAAACACCAAGUUGUACUCUCUGACCAUGUAUCACCCAUGUCUUCACUUUCCGCUAUCAACUCUAUCCCGAUACGACGAUCGUCAUGGAGAAAAAGUGUCAAUACAACCACCACUCGUACAACAAACGACAAUGGAAGCAUUACGUCUGGCUCUUUCUUUGACGACGACAUGGAUGAAGACGCCGACUCUGAGCUCGUUUCAUCUCCUCGAACGUCUGUUGGAUCAGAAGAGAAUGGUAGCAACAAUUUUCUCAAGGUGGAGGAUCACAGCAAUAAUAACAACAAAAAGAAAAUCAAGCCCAAAUCGACAUCUCCAUUUAAUUCGUUCAAGAGUAGUUAUAAAAAGGAAGGACACGAUAUAGUAUUCGAAUCUAAAUAUAAUACUUCUGCAUCACCUACAGCUAUUACAUCGACGCAACAGGAACUGCUUAAAGGCCCUCCACGACCGUUUUGGUCAUAUAAUAAUGGGGAUGAAAGAGAGUAUGAUAGACAAUUACGACAGCAUUAUGUAUUGAAGCAUGUACUGGACGGGAAUAUUCAUGUACCUGUGCCGACAGAUAAAAGCAUCACUAUACUUGACUCAGCUUGUGGAGCUGGUUUCUGGACUUUAGAUAUGGCGCAAGCAUACCCCAAAGCUAAAGUGAUUGGUUUGGACGCUUUCCCACUAGACGAUAAAAGAAUGAAGGGAUACUCGAAUGCAACCAUCAGUGCUCCGAACGCUGUCUAUAAAUAUGGAGAUCUCACAAUGCAGUUAACACUACCAGACAACUACGUAGAUGUGUUGUAUCAACGUGACACUACAUCCAUCAUACCACAUGAGCGCUGGCCGUUUCUUUUCAAGGAAUUGAUGCGAGUAAUGAAGCCUGGUGGCUACAUUGAACUGGUCGAAUACAAUUUUGACAUUCGAGAUCCAGGACCUGUCCUUGCGUUAGUCAACGAGUGGUACAAGAUUGCGUCCACUUCAGUGGGUGUUGAUCCGGAGGAGGCAAAGCAGCUUGAAAGCAAACUGAUCAGUGCUGGGUUCCAACAGGUCGAAAAGAAGGUUGUGUCGAUUCCCAUUGGUGAAUGGCCCGCAGAAAAAGAUCAACAGGAAAAGGGAUUCUUAUACAAGCAAGUGAUUAAAGCAUUGUUCAAAUCAAUGCGGCCGUGGUGGAUAUCGGAGCUGGGAGUCACAGAGCAAGAAUACGAUAAAGUUGUCAUUGCUGCCAUGGAUGAAUUCGAAGACCAGCAAUGUUACAUUGACUGGGUUAUAUACACUGCUAGAAAGCCUGCAGAAACUCCUUUAAAAGAAACAACUACAACAACUACUACCGAUAUCGCAAAUUAA